AUGCCUGUGCCAACCACGAAUGACUGGUUAGAGAUUUCAAAUGUAUUUUAUGUUAAAACAAAUUUUCCGAAUUGCCUAGGCGCUAUUGACGGUAAACAUAUCCGAUGUAAAAAUCCUAGUAAUUCUGGAUCAUUGUUUUUCAAUUACAAAAAGUUUUUUUCUGUGGUACUCAUGGCUAUAGCCGAUGCAAAUUUACAAUUUAUCACAAUCGAUGUCGGGUCUUAUGGUCGAGAAGGGGACUCCAAUAUAUUUAAGGAAUGCCCAUUCGGAAAAAUGUUGUAUGGAAAAAAACUUAAUCUUCCGGAACCAAAUCCUUUACCAAAUACAAACAACAAUCCACAGCCAUUCGUUUUUAUUGGGGAUGAAGCUUUCGCCCUACAUACAAAUUUAUUAAGGCCAUAUCCAGGACGUAACCUAACUGAUAUUCGACGUGUGUUUAAUUAUCGAUUGAGUAGAGCAAGGCGCACAGUCGAGUGUGCUUUCGGAGUACUUGCAAAUAAAUGGAGUGUGUUGCAUACUCCCAUACAAGUGGAACCUGAAUUCACUGACGUUAUAAUUAAAGCAUGUUGUAUAUUACAUAAUUUUGUGCUUAAAAGAGACGGAAUUAAUUUUGAAGAAGCUGAAACCCAUAGCCUGGAUGAUAUAGAUGCUCGUGGAACAGGAACUCGUUCAGAAGGCAUUGAAGUGAGGGAUUACUUUGCCGAUUAUUUUAUGGGCCCUGGUGCCGUAGAUUUUCAGUAUAAAGUCUUAUAA